GUGCGCAGAAGUUCUGCUUCUCGUUGGAUCAGCUGACUGUGAAUGUGAUGCUCUCUGGAAAGACCUGAAAUGAAAAACUGAUUGACAAUUAUGAAUAUUAAAUUGUAACCAUCAUUGCCGCUGAUUGCCCCGUGGAUAAACACACGUUUUCACGCCCGACACGGUUGAACCCAUUUCUCCAGUCCCCCGUGACCACCGCCUGCAGCCAUGACUGAGUUCUGGUUGAUCUCGGCCCCUGGAGAGAAGACCUGCCAGCAGACGUGGGACAAGCUCAUGGUGGCCACCACUCGGAACAACAACCUCUCUACCAACCACAAGUUCAAUAUUCCCGACCUGAAGGUGGGAACAUUGGAUGUCCUGGUGGGAUUAUCUGACGAGCUGGCCAAACUUGAUUCUUUCGUGGAGAGCGUGGUGAAGAAGGUGGCUCAGUAUAUGGCUGACGUGCUGGAGGACAGUCGAGACAAAGUACAGGAGAACCUGCUGGCCAGUGGAGUGGAUUUGGUCACUUACAUCACAAGGUUCCAGUGGGACAUGGCGAAGUACCCCAUUAAACAGUCACUGAAAAACAUUUCGGAAAUCAUCUCCAAGCAAGUAACACAGAUUGACAAUGAUUUGAAGUCAAGAGCAUCGGCCUACAAUAGCCUGAAGGGGAAUCUGCAGAACCUGGAGAGAAAGAAUGCGGGGAGUUUGUUAACGCGGAGUCUGGCUGAUAUCGUGAAGAAAGAAGACUUUGUAUUAGACUCGGAAUACCUCAUAACCUUGCUGGUCGUUGUUCCAAAGACAAGUUACGCUGACUGGCAGAGGACAUACGAGACCCUUGCCGAGAUGGUGGUUCCUCGGUCCACCAAUCUGCUGUUUGAGGAUCAGGAAAGUGGCCUGUUCAGUGUGACUCUGUUCCGGAAGGCUGUGGACGACUUCAGGCACAAGGCCAGAGAAAACAAGUUCACGGUGAGAGACUUUCAGUACAACGAGGAAGAGAUGAAGGCAGACAAGGAGGAAAUGACACGGCUCUCCACCGACAAGAAAAAGCAGUUUGGGCCUUUGGUUCGGUGGCUCAAGGUCAACUUCAGUGAAGGUUUUAUCGCCUGGAUCCACAUAAAAGCACUAAGGGUUUUCGUGGAGUCUGUCUUAAGGUACGGGCUGCCUGUGAAUUUCCAGGCUAUGCUGCUACAGCCCAGCAAAAAGACCAUGAAGAAGCUGCGGGAGGUGCUGUAUGAUCUCUACAAGCACCUGGACAGCAGUGCAGCCGCCAUCAUCGACGCGUCUAUGGACAUCCCCGGCCUGAACCUCAGCCAGCAGGAGUACUACCCCUACGUGUACUACAAGAUCGACUGCAACUUGCUGGACUUCAAAUAAAGCAGAGCUCCCUCUCGCACUCCCUCCUAGAUGUCGUUUUAAUGUUGACCGCAGAUUAACCGAGAUACCUUUAAUUGACCUCUAAAUUGUUUUAACUGUGGGUUAAUCCACUUUGGCAUCUCUAGUCGUUGUGAUGAGGUAAAACCUCCUUCUGUCGUCUUGACAGGGGAAGGGGGGCUUCUGUAUCUAUUUUUGUUUUUUUUUCUUUCCUUUUUUUUAAACUAAAAAAAAAUCAAUCAAGGUAUAUAAAUAUGUGCUCAAAGAUGAUAAAAUCUAUUUAUGGUCAGGUAUUUAAAAAAAAAAUCAUUCCUCACAUUCCUCAUCUGUGUAGUGCUGUGCAGUAGCUACAUCUGUGGGUCACUGUUCUUGAAACUUCUUUAUCUGAGGGCCUUUUUAUCCUUUUAUUUCAUUUCAAGUGUGUGGUCCAUCCUAUAGGUAGUGCCCCCACUUCAACAGUGAAUCGUGUUACAGGAAAGCAAUAUGUGUGUGUUGUCUUAUGAUGUCUGUGUAUAUUUGGUGUUUAAGGAAAAAAUGUACAAGCACUAUAUCAUGGAAAAAAAUAAAUAAGUAAAAAUGUAAAA